AAAUUCAUUUUUGCUUCUCCAGUGACAUGCCACGCACCUGUUUGGUCCCUCCAAAUCGUGGGGAGGAAAUGCUGGAAGCACUCAAGGCUCUCUCGACCUUUUUUGUUGAAAACAGUUUGCGCACCCGAAGAAACUUGCGUGGAGACAUUGAACGGCGAAGCUUAGCCAUAAAUGAAGAAUUUGUCCACAUAUUCAAGCAAGUUAAAGAGGAGCUUGAGAGUAUAAACGAAGAUGUGCAAGCGAUGAGCAGCUGCUGUGAAGAUAUGUCCAGUCGUUUGAAGGCAGCAAAGGAACAAACCCAGGACUUGAUAGUAAAAACCACCAAACUCCAAGCAGAAAAUCAGAGACUAGAAAUGAAAGCACAAGUUGCAGACACAUUCAUAGCAAAAUUCCAACUGACACCAGAUGAAAUGAACCUUCUUCGAGGCACGAAAGAUGAGCCAAUUACUGAGGAUUUUUUCAAGGCUUUGGGAAGAGUAAAGCAAAUUCACGAUGAUGUCAAGAUUCUCCUCCGGACAAAUCAGCAAAGGGCAGGCUUGGAAAUUAUGGAACAGAUGGCUUUACUGCAAGAGACAUCUUAUGAACGACUUUACAGAUGGACUCAGAAUGAAUGCAGGACUUUGACGCAAGAAUCAUGUGACAUUUCUCCAGUUCUUGCUCAAGCCAUGGAAGCCUUACAAGAUAGACCUGUCCUGUAUAAGUACACUUUGGAUGAGUUUGGAACAGCUAGGAGGAGUGCUGUAGUGCGUGGCUUUAUAGAUGCUCUUACUAGAGGAGGUCUGGGAGGUACUCCCCGCCCUAUUGAAAUGCACUCCCACGAUCCUCUGAGGUAUGUAGGAGACAUGCUGGCAUGGUUGCAUCAAGCUACAGCUUCUGAAAAAGAACACCUAGAAGCUAUGUUAAAACUUGUAACUAUUCAAGGUGUGGAAGAAAAUAUUCAAGAAGUAGUUGGGCACAUCACAGAAGGUGUCUGCAGGCCUCUGAAGGUUAGAAUUGAGCAGGUGAUUGUUGCUGAGCCAGGAGCAGUUUUACUGUACAAGAUUUCUAAUCUUCUCAAGUUCUACCACCAUACAAUCAGUGGUAUUGUAGGAAACAGUGCAGCCACACUGUUGACAACAAUUGAAGAAAUGCAUUUGUUGAGCAAGAAGAUAUUCUUUAAUAGCCUGAGUCUUCAUGCAAGUAAACUAAUGGACAAGGUUGAACUCCCACCUCCUGAUCUUGGCCCAAGCUCUGCACUAAAUCAGACACUUAACUUGCUACGGGAGGUUCUGGCAUCUCACGACUCAUCUGUUGUUCCACUGGAUGCCCGUCAAGCUGACUUUGUGCAGGUUCUGUCUUGUGUGCUAGAUCCGUUGUUACAGAUGUGUACUAUGUCUGCUAGUAAUUUGGGCACAGCUGAUAUGGCAACCUUCAUGGUAAAUUCACUGUAUAUGAUGAAGACCACUUUGGCUCUCUUUGAAUUCACUGACAAACGUCUAGAAAUGUUGCAGUUUCAGAUUGAAGCUCAUUUAGAUACACUUAUAAAUGAACAAGCUUCCUACGUGUUAACAAGAGCUGGUCUAAGUUACAUCUAUAACUCUGUGCAGCAACACAAACCGGAACAGGGUCCUCUUUCAAAUUUGCCAAGUAUGGAUUCCGUGUCCCUGAAGGUUGCAAUGGCUCAGUUUGAUCGCUAUCUGUCUGCUCCAGAUAGUCUGCUAAUGUCCCAGCUGAAUUUCCUUCUGAGUGCCACUGUGAAAGAGCAGAUAAUAAAACAGUCCACAGAACUGGUCUGCAGAGCUUACAGUGAGUUGUAUGCAGCUGUGAUGGAUCCUUCAAAUGAAUAUAAGGAUCCAGAAACCAUACUACACAGAUCUCCUCAUCAAGUUCAGGCACUCCUUUCAUAGUCUUGCUUCCCCCAGAUUUAUCAGAAUCCAUAAUUCUGUAUUUGUUGAGUAUUUGCAUCGAGUUAUUUUUCUGUUUUCAAUUUUGAUGUGUAACUGUGUAGUUAAAAUAUGUAGGAAUGCUUUUUUUUUAAUCUGCUUGGCAGAAGUCUAGUCUUUCCUGUGUCUUUGAAUACCUUCUAUAGGCCAGAAAAUAGAAUAUAGAUUAAAAAUUAUUUUAAUGUAUUCCUCUAAUGGAAAUGGACCUUGACAACAUGCAAUCUCUUUGAAAAAGGAGAAAAGCUUUUUCCUUGCUGUACAUAAUCCUUUCAACUAGAGGUUGAACCAGUGUCUCUUAACGACCUCACCAAUAUUUUUAUUUGCUCUUUUCCCUGUUCUUUCACUGUUUUUCUCAGCCUAUCAUCAGUAAAUGCUGAUAACUGUAAUUUUAAUACAACUGAUAUACUUUGAAUGCCUCAAGUGCUUCACUUUUACAGCUCAUAAAUCACUUCAGAGUAUUUGAUGCGGUUUUUCGAAUCCUGUUGAUUAAAUUUUUGAGGCAAAAUUUGUGUGCUUUUCUGGAAUCCAUUAUCGUUGCUAGUUCUGGUGUUUUCUGUAAGAAAAAGAAGUACUUGAAUUACGUGCAUGUACAUAAGCUGGAAAUUAAUGCUUUAAGUUAUUUGUAUAAUUUUGUUUUACUGGAAGAAUUUUGUUUUAGUGCAAUCAUUCUGUAGGAAUCCUUGUAUGAGUUGAAACUUGCUGAUCUCUUAAGGCAAUAACAGUGUAGGUUAGGAAAAUGGUUUGCACAGCAGUAUGGCCAUUCCUCCUUCACAUGUACAUGGUUUUUGUUUUGCCCUUUUUUAAGUACAGAAAAAGUCUAUCUGCUCUAGUACAAGCAUUUAUUCAGUUAAUAAUCCACCAAGAGAUUUGCAUGGUUUACAUGUCUGCAGCGGUGCUCCUAAAAAUUGUAGUUAAGUUCACCUGUGGCAGCCACAGGUAGUCCUGGGAAUUAUGUGGGAGAGCCAGGGUGUGUAGUUGUUCUAGGCUGAUGCGCAGAAAGCCAUGAGUAAAGGUUUCAUUUCUUUCCUCCUUCAGUGCAAAGCUGAACCUACUCUGUGUAGAAACCUUAAUUUUAUAUAGAGUUAUGAUUUAGGGGACCUUUGCUUCCAGUAAAAGAGGAAAAUAGGUAAGUAGGACACUUGUUCUCUGUUGGGCCUUAUGAGAAUUUUCUGCAAAUUCCUUAAACUUCUUUUAGGAAAGCCUUGUUAUAGAGAAACCUUCAGGAAACAGAAUGUUAGUAAAAGGAAUUUGGGGUGUUCUGGUGUUAGGAUUUUUGUUGGUUGGUUUGUUUGUUUUUUAAAGGAUAAUUUAAGCUAACUGUUUCGUUGGAAGCAUUUCACUUUUUUUUUCCUCUUUGUUGUUGUAUGGGUGCCACAGAGUUAUUACAGUUGCCUGAGUUUACACUCAUAUUAGAUGUGGCUUAUUUAUAUACAUGGAGGGGAAGAUGAGCAAUCAUUCAUAUUGAAUAACUUACAUACUUUAUUUUUAUCAGUAAUGAUAUUCCCCACAUAAAAUACAUACUUAGUGGCAGCCAAGUCUGCAGUUUAGUGUAUGUUGCAAAAGAGCAAGAAAUAGAGAAGAGCAGCAGCAAUACAUUUUAGUCUCUUGGAAAACAAGAUAUAUCCAGUGUGCUCAGAAAUCCGCUUCCUUGGUAAUACCACAAUAAAGCAAUAGCUCCUUUUCCAAAUGGGCAUAAUUUGUUGGUAUAAUAGAAAAAGAUUUGAAAGUGCAAGUGUCCCUGGAGUUCUUGUAUCAGGCAUAAAUUCUUCUGUAAAUGUGAAUGUUAGAUUUAUUCUGUUUAAAAACUCCAGACCUGCAAGACAAAAAAUUCUAGAAGCUUAGAAAAGCUCUAAUGAAAAUUAUGCUCUUUUACUAGGUAAGGCACUUUAAAUUACUCAGAUUUUGCAUUACCAUAGUAUACAUUCAGAAGGCUGUUCAUUGUUGUUUAAUAAUGUUAAUAUUGCUUAAUAUGCCUAUAAUUAUUAUCUAAUAUAGGAAAAUUACAUCAGUUGUGAAAGGAUUGUAAAUUAGCUUGUUAUUAGAUUAACAUACUCAUAAGAGUGAACUCUUUCCUGAAAUUACACUCAACCUCAGUCUCCAAUAAUCAGUCAGUAGUUUGCAUGAGGAUUAGUAAGAAGUUGCUUCCGAUCUUUGAGUCCAUGUAGAGACUUAUCCAUGAUUUUAUCUUCUCUUAAUAAAAAUGCAAAAGCUAUAAAAGUUGUAACUUACAAAAAUUAAAGUCAAUCACUAAUUCUGCUCUGUGCAAUUAAAGUAAAUGGCAAAGGGUCACUAAUGAGAAAGGACGUCAAUAAAAGCAUUUGAUUUACUGA